CUCUCUCUCUCUCUCUCUCUCUCUCACUCUUUCUCUCUCCUUCUCUCUCUAUCAUACUAUUCCCCCAGCUUUUUUAGCUUCACAGAUGGCAGGAAGUGCUUUCCUCUAUCGGACAAGCAUCAAGUUCUUUUUUGCCCUCUUGAUACCUCCAUCUGUGAAGCUUUCUGUCUUACCUCUGAUCUUUCUCUAGUCUUCCUUCCUUCAUUCAGCAUGGUGAACAGAUAAUUACCUGUCUGAGGGACACCAUGGGCGCCUGCCUUUGCAAAGGUCAUCAAGAGAUUCAAAGUAGCCAGCAGCAUCCCAUGGGAGAGCUCCAGUCUUGGACAGAAGGACAGCCCAUUGCCAAGGGGAAUCAUCAGCCAUAUAAUGGCUCAGUGACAGAUAAGAAGAAUGGUAAUGGCUAUAACAUCGGGGAGCUGGCUACAUCUUCUCUGAUUGGUCUGGUUGCUACUAUAAAGGAGCACAUAACCAAGCCAACGGCGAUGGCGCAGGGACGGGUGGCCCACCUGAUCGAGUGGAAAGGUUGGGGUGGGGAGACAGGGACUAGAGGAGGCUGGUGUGGCUGGAGUAGAGAUGGAGGAGGCUGGGGAGGAGCGGGGGCCACGCUGCAGGAGGAUGAACAGCUCUAUUCCCAUCUGACUGAUGAGAUCAAGGAGGCACGCUUUGCUGCAGGGGUAGCUGAGCAGUUUGCCCUAGCUGAAGCAUCAAUGAAUGCAUGGCCUUCACCUGAGGUCACAGACCGAGCUACAACAAGCACAGUCCAAUUACAAGGCCACGAGGGCCUGUAUCUCUCUCAGUUUCUCAUGGAUGGAGGAAGCUUGGGUGUCCCACACCACCUGUACAGCAUACACAUGGAAGCCAGUGCUGAAACCAGCUCUCUGAAUACUACACAGCCGCCCCAGCCCUUCUUCUGUAGCUCUGUAUCUCAGCCGGAAUCACAGCACUACCUUCAGGAGCAGAGGACGUUGCCCGCCGACGGCCCUGUACGACACGCAGACAGCAGCUCUGAGGAUGAGGUCUUUAUUGACUGAAAAACUGAAUGCCAGUCCACGCAGGAUAUGUGAUUCUGAAAAAGCUGGAAUAAAGUGGGUAUAUGUCUUACCUCA